AUGCUCCACAAACCACAGCUUCAUCUACGGGGAAUCAUGAAGUACAUAAGCUCAUGGAAUAAAGUGAUCUACAUUUGUUCUCCAUUGUAUGUUACUGAAUUUACAGUCGACUCCCGAUAACUCGAACCCUCGCAAACUCGAAUCAGACUCGAUUUUCCCUGGAUUUCCUUCACACAUUUGCUGUAAUUUUACCCUCGAUAACUCGAACCAUGUUUUGAGCGCUUAAAGUCGGAAAAAAAACAGUGUACUAGCGUCCGAAACAUUGAAUUUUGAAUUUACCAUUGACGUGUUGUAGGCUUAUGGCUUUGUUUGGCACAAAUCUACAUGAAAUAACUUUUAUUCUCGAAAUAGUUAAAUGCACACUCUAUUUAGGCUAUGUUUUAUUACUUUACAUUCUGAUUUAUAUUCUAAAACCAUGAUUUCAUUUUAACUUGACAUUUUUACAGUUAAAUGUGAUUAAAAUGUUCACUGCACAGUAAAAACUGGUUUUUCCCUUACUUCCGGUUAUUUGCUUCGAGGUACCGAUAACUCGAAUUUUUUUCGAUUUCCCUUGAAGGUUCGAGUCAUCGGGAGUUGACUGUAUAUCGUUUGUUAUGGUUAAUAGAAUUUGUUUAUCUGUGCAUCCAAGAAAUGUUUUACCAUAACUGAGCGAUAUCUCACGCGCUGAUUGGUCGAAAGCUCAUGUUCGACAAGAGUACAGGCCAUCGAAAUGACGUGUUGUGUCGCGAGUUUGUUUUUAUCUUUCUCGCGUGGCGAUUAUCCGAGAAUUUCAACGGAAGUGGACUCCAAACCUGUCAAUGCUAUGGUAAAAAACAAAACAAUUUUCCAUGGUCUGUACUCUUAUCGACCAAAGAAAUGACGUCAAAGUGUCAAAACUUUGCAGUGAAACCACUACAUGUACUUAUGUCUGCCCUUUCCUGUACGCGGACGUGAAGUGUCACACUUACUAGGUUGAAGUCCAAGUAUUUGCACAAAAUACACAGUAACUUUGAGAUUUAAAGGUUCUUCAAUCUUGCCUCGCAAUUCGGCACCAUGUAGUUGUUCUUUUUGUAUUGCGAACUGUAUUUACCGUAGAUUUCUGAUUACUCAGUUUCUUGCAAUAAAGCUGUGGACAAGAAUUCACUUGCAGAUAAGAGAUAAAUCGUCGCCACUCUUUCUCUAUUUGUACGUCAGCUUUGACCAACAGUUUGUGCAGCGAGUUCUGUGGUCACGAUUGACUUUAAACUUGCAGAUAUUAAACUAGAGAGCUCUGAGGCUUAUUUGUUGAAGUUAGAGAAAAAUCUGUAGUAGGGUUUCGAAGUUAUUGAAAUUUUUUUUGUAAAAAAGGCGAUUUUAAAAAUAUGCCGAUCUCUCAAACGCUUUUAAACCAGUCCUAAGCUAGUCCUACAAGAAAAUAAAUAACAUUUUCUUAAAUUUCCACCAUUCUUUUUUAAGGAUGCAAAAAAAUCGUAGAAAUCGGCUAAAUCGUUCCUGCCCAAAAAUACGAUUCAAAAACUUAACCAAGGCGUGUAUAAAGAGGUUCGGGCCACCUUAACUACAACGUUUUGUAGAUACAGAUUCAGUCUGCUUUGCUGAAAUAAGGAGUUGACCAUUUGACUUUUGAGAGACUUUUCUAGAGAUAGAUUAGCUUGUGAGCAAGCUCUCCGGGCUUGCUCGCAAGCUUGAUAUAGAUUUUUCCUCGACAUAUGACGGUGUAAGGUUUUUUCUAGCAUUAUCCGCCAUAAGAGAUAUGUUUUUUCAGUGAAGAAUAUUCGACCCCCCCUCCACCCUCCCUCAUAAGUCAAAUAGUCGACCUUUUAUGUGCCAAAUAAUUUGCCUAAGAAUUAAUGUAUCUUGUUGGAGGUGGGCUCUUGGACGUCGCUAAAAUAUACUGCAUAUCUUUCAACAGAAUCGGAGGUACUGAAGAAAUGAUGCGCCUUGGUCUGUACAUGAACGAUCUAAGUUUGCACGACAUGUCACGCGAGAUGGUGCUCUCUGGGAUAAAACCAAUGCAUCAACUAGAGAAGACCUUGGAAAAGGUAUCAGAACUUAGCCUAACAAGUACUUUUAACGGGACAGCUCGUUGGCUUUUCAAGACUUAUUUCCUUUUUCAGCUUUGAUUGAUAAAUGUCCUGAAUAUUCUGGUACGCCCUUAUUUCAUUUGGCAAUAAUAUAAAUGUGGAUCAUGUUCGGGGCGCUAUUUCGUGUGGCACACUCUUUUACCAUGAAUUUGAGUAGAAUUAUGAAGUAGAGUACUGUAGAGAGUCAUAAGAGGAUAUUUACAUAACAGAAACUGAAAAAUAAAUUCAGUUCCUUAUGAUCUCUUCUCUUUUCUCUUUGAUCAGGAAUUCGAAAAAGGAAAGGCUUUAGAAGAAAACAUGGAAAAUUUGGCGUUGAUGAGACAACAAAUCGAAGAGUUGCCCUAUAGAAGGAUGCCGAAAGCCAUCGCCGAUAGAUUGAGACUUGGUGGUAAGGUUGUGGAAACCUGUGAGGUAUGUUGCUAACUCUAAGAUGUGCCAACAGAACGUAAACCCCCUAAUACUAAGGACCUGCGCUGCUAAGCAGUUCUCUUAUGUUGAACUGUUUAUUCUACUCAAGAAAAAACCUAAUAAAAUCGUUGGAAAUAAGGGGGAUCUAGAAUAUUAAAAAUAAUGCAUACUUGGCUCGUAGGCAAAAGAGUGUAAAACAAAAUUUGAGAUUCAGGGAUGAGUAAUUUAUUGCCUAUUCUUUUCAGCCUCGGAGCCAUUCAAAUAUAGUCUAAAUUUAUUCAAAACAAUAAUUUUAUACUUUGAGUACAUUAAUUCCAAACGUAAAAAAGUACAAUAUGUUUAUCCUCUAUCAGAAACGCCAAUUGAGGAAACUAUUCAGCGUAAAUUCGUCACAAAUUCGCCAAUUUCCUUGAUUUUAAAUUUUUGACCACGUGACAUGUCACGUGACCAUUAAUAUACGUUAACCACAAGGAGACCUGAAGAUCCACAUUACGGGAAAGUUUCAUCCCGUUAAAGGCAUCCCAGCUACAUUUUCUGAACACGUGUCCUUUGAUCCAGGCCUCAAACCCCUUGAGAAAUGUUUUUGCACGGUUCACGGUGAUUUAUCUCCUUACUUUGAUUUGUAGAAUUUUGAAAGUGUCACGGUUAUGGUCAGCUACAUGGAUGGCUUUGAAAGCAUCUGCUCGCAGGUUGGACCUAUGGAAAUUGUGAGCCUGGUAAACGACAUGUUUACCAUAUUCGACAAACUGACUGAGAAGCACGAUGUCUAUAAGGUAGUCGGGUGAUUAAAGAGGGGAAACAUCCGGUUCUAUUUUCAGACCUUUAAAACCUGAUUCAUUUCACUGCUAUGCAUAGCCUGUGCGUACAGAUAAGUGUUCUACGAAAGGAACGAUCGAACGGUGAAUAGGAGAACAAAGAAAAGAGAUCUGUGAGAAAAAAAAUUAAAUAAUGGUUACUCAUUUAAUUUUGUUUUAGUACGCAAUAUUGACAACGCAAUGUAACGAACUUUGUAAGAUCGCGCGCGCUUUAAAUUCAACGGCGAUUUCAAAAUAUGUAACACUGAAGAUGACGGAUGUACCGUCGAAACAUGUCUGGAAAAUUACAGAGAGUUGUUAUGUUUAUACGACCAUCUAUAUUGUUGCUGCUAUCUAGGCCUUUUGGAUCAAUUCCUAGUUUAAAAACAUGCUUACCUCAAUCGAUCCAUCGAUGUUAAGUUCAUCUUCGAUAGUGCAAGUUUAGGUUUGUCCAUCUCCCCAAAUAUUCUCCAAAUUGCAGAUGUCGCCCCUCGAGUUGUCUUAUUGUUGUUCUUACCAUAUUUUUAGCUCCUAGUUCUUACUCUUGAAACGAGUGAAAUAUCCCCCAUUUUUUGUUUUCGCAACCAAAACAACUCAACCUCGUCCAUAGGUUUUCUCGGUUAACGGUGCCUUAACCUGCACGAACGCUGCAUUUUUGACGUCAUUUCCUCGUUAAACACAAAAUUCUUCCAAAUUUGGUCAUCAGAAACUGGUUAUGGUGAAUUAUGCGUGUGCUUUUAGCCAAUGAGAAUCGGGGAAAUAUUUUGAAUGAAUAAUAAUACAGAUUAUCUGGAGAUUGGUUAAUUUGCAGGUUGAAACCUCGGGUGAUGCAAUGUAUAUGACUGUCAGUGGUGCGCCAGUGAAAAACAUGCAUCAUGCAGAAGCAGCCUCAGCAAUGGCACUUGAUAUGCUAGAGGCUGUCAAGAAAAUAAAAAAUCCUGCCAAUAAAGAGCCUAUGACAGUAUCCAUUGGUAAGAAGUCAACCAAAUGUAGCAUUUAGGGACUGUGCAAUAAUUAUCAGGAGGGCAGGAGGCGGGGGGGGGCUGAAAAACUAGAGUUAUCUAGCAAAAACUUAGACAGUACCCCCUCCUCCAAAACAAAAAAUAAUUAGUUCUAGCCCCCCUAUGUUAUGUUAAAAAUAACGUCGCAACUCCCCCCCUCCCACCACUCAGAUUUAGACAAAGCAUUUGCUAAGUACCGGGGUGCUUACUACAUUGGCUCAAAAUCUAAAACUUCUGAAGCCAGAAAGAGAAAGGAGCAGAGAAAAAAAUCGAAGAACAGGAGAUUGAACGCUUCAAAUAACAAACGAAAAAGAGCUUGCAUUAUAUUUAGAUCCUUGGGAGGAGAGCCUGUUGAACUUUGUUAUGAGCAGAUAUAUAUGGAAGUCAGCAAAUCGAUUCAGUCGAUGAAGAAACAUUACUUUUAUUCACAUCAAAAACCGACAAAGCAUGUCUACGAGAUUUGUUUUUUUUAUUCCCAUUGUUUUAUGGGGAAAGCUGAAAAACAAGUUCAUGAUUUUUGCUUUACAUAGGAUCAGCUCAAUUAAUUAGAAGACGGGUUAAAAUUGAUCAGUUGUGAAUUUGCUUUUCAUUUUGAUGGAAUAUUUUCAAUAAUCGUUUAACAGCUGUUCGUAUUGAUAUUUGUUACAGUCUAUCAUGAUGCCUGUAUUGAGAAUCUUGUAUUGCGUUUAAUUUUAUUUACAUUUCGAAUAAAACUUAAGGCCCCCCCUCCGUCAAAUGAGUGAUUUUACUUUGAGCCCCCCUUAUCUUGGCAGCAAUUUUAUGUAAUGCCCCCCAUCUAGUUUUUCAGCCUCCCCUCCUGAUAAUUAUUGCACAGUCCCUUACGAUUUGCUGGGUUUCAGCUGUAGUUGUAAACUGCAUGUCCCAGUCCAUCAAAAAUACGGUCAAAUUUAGAUCAAUAAGUAUUUUAGCCAAGUAAUCACUGCCCAACUGGUAUUUAUAUCUGAUGAAUCUAGAAAAAGUUGAUAGACCUUUCAGUUAGCCACAUCACAGCAGACGGUCCGUGCAAAACCAAUGAAAUCAGCAGGUUUCCGUCAACAAUAAAAUGCCAGAGUAGCAUUCCUGGGUCGUUGAAGGCGUUAUACAACCACUGUAAUUGAUUUGUGCGGCAUGACCCCAAAUAAUGUAGAUUUUACGAGUGAAACAUUCCGCCUAAAUAACUUGUCAGUUUCGGUUUGGUUGCUUGUUUCAAGUUUUUGUCGCAUAGUUUGUGAAUUGUUUGGUUUCGUUUUGUUUGUUUUAAUAAUGGUCUUCUGCUUCACCUUACGCAGUACUGUUUAGAAUUUGAAACAGCAAGUUAUGGAUAAAUGAAGUUACGUUCUUCAGUCACUUUAAGAGGCUGUCCGCGUAAGAACCGAUAAGGCAAAUUUUGGUCUAUCACGCAUUGCCCUGAUUUUUUCAGUGGAAGAUAACUAUCCUAUCCCAUGAAGAAAUAUCACAUUUAUUUGGACCAACUCAAUUUUUUCUCUAUUUUACAGAGAGAUUUUCUAGGUCACCUAAAACUAGCCAGUUUGCCGUCGGAAGUGGUGCGAUUUUGGUGAAACUUUAGGGCUCUGUUAAACCUGCCUCACAAAGCCGAAUAAGCUGAUUAUUUUACACACAAAAGCUUUAACUCUGACUAAUAGUUUCAAGGUUUAAUGGUUGCAUUCUGUGGAAAGUUGGCUGAGAUAUGAGUUUUUUAAAAUGACCUUUAAUUUGCUUAUCGGGAAAAGUAAUUUGCAUAACUGGAGCUCAACGGUAAUUUCGCAAAAGUGGCACCUGACUCAGACUCAAGUCUAUGAUAAAACAGAAGUACUAAGACCAGUCUACUUCUUAAUGCAAUAAAAUUUGUGGGCACUCCUCUUUGCGUGCGGUACAAAGUUCCGUUAAUGUUCCAAAAUUCGCCAUUUUGACAGCAAAACUGGAAUUGUAACGGUCUGCAUCUGGUCGACUAAUUUCCACAGCUUUAACGUUUCUAGUUAUCACUGACUGUCAUUAGACCCUUUAAAUGUUGGACUUUCGAAAACAUGUGGAGAAAACUUAGUAAUCGCUUUUUCUUGGUUUUUUUUCUUGUCGACGAUGAACGUGACUUCAUUCUCCGUACGCAAAUUAGCCAGGCGGUGUGCGUCACGAGAUUCGACCAAUCAGAAUGCGUCAUUUGUAGAGUGAUUUUCGCGCUCGGAAAGAGCUGUUUUCAGAGGUAUACGUGGUGAAAUUUUCGCUUUAUUCCAAGCUUGUGUUGGCAAUUUCGACACUAUACCGCCGUGGAAAGUUGUUGGAACACUUUAUCUUAAUAGCAGUUGCGUUACUUUUAAAUAUUUUGCUUUCUUGAGCGUUUGUGACAAGUUUGAAUUGCUCGGUCAUGUGCAGGCGGCCAUGAUUAUUUGAGUUUUGUUUUCCCCGUUCUUCUUGGAUUUAUUGCAGGUUACUGUUAGCGGUUUUAUAGCAUUAUUUUGGCCAUCUUGUUACUUCAACCUUUUCUUCUUUGCAAAUUUCGGGGGUCUACCUGGGUCUACCCCUGUUAGUUUUCCCGUUAUGAGCCGUUGAAAGUGUCUUGGAAUUAAGACAUCGUCUCAGCCAAGUGGCAUAACUCCCGGGAAACGCGCUGUGAAAACAUGUCGAAGCGGAAGCCGACGUGAAGCGAGUAACGCCAAAUCCAGGAAGACUUUGUUCUAUUUUAAACCACAAAAGGUAAAUAAGUUUGAAUAUUGUAAUAACCUUUGGAAACAAAACAUUUUUCAUAACCCAGUGCGGAAACUGAAAGCGUGACUUUAAAAUAAUUUGCAUGCGGUGUGUGCUACGUGUAUGCAAAUCUUUGUGUAAACUUAUGUGAGGGAAUAAAUUGUUAUAAAUCUCUCUUUGAGGUUAGGUUUUACUUUAUAACAAAAUCGAUAUACUGCGCUCACUUUAAUGACCGCACAGACAAGAUCGUGGUUUAUUUCACUGUUUAUUUCUGCGGCUGUAGCUUCGGUGAAAUUCCGAUUGUCCUGCAGCUGUUCGGCUCUUUCGGUCUGUUUUCCCCUGCCUGAUAGAAGAUUUAUUUGCGCAUAAGGAUUUCAAACGGGCACUGUUUUCAAAAUAAUAUAAACUUGUCGAUGAAAAUAAAAUUGUUAUGAGAGACGAUUUCUCACCUUGCUGUUUGCACGCGCUCCCCCUGCUUUGCCGGUAACAAAGUCCAUCAAAUAUAUAAACACUUCUAAUGGACGAAUUUUUUUUUUUAGUUAAGCAAAUCCAGGUAUGAACUACAGAUCUCUUUCACUAUGAGAUAAAAACAUACAUAUAAACCAAACAGUACAUAAAAUCUUAUGACAAGCAGGAAAUUAGUCGCCGCUCAAAGUCGGCUAGAUCGCACGAUCGUCUCCGAAUCGCGAUAAACUUCUUGAAAUUGCCUUAUGAAGCCAAUAGCAAUCAUCUAACGCCACUAUGAGAUCUUGAAAAUUCUCGAAAUCGUUCUCUUCCGUAAUGUUUUUCGGAAAAGGCAGCAGUGUUUUGAUCGCUGGGUUUGAUUAAUUUCUCUCACGAGAUGCGAACUCGACCGUGUCACGAUUGAAAUGAGGCACAGUAACAGGUUUACCCAUGAACCUUUGUGGGUCGUGACGCACACCGCCUGCAAAUUAGCCGUAGAUGCGUCUUUUCAACAACUUGACAUGAAACAUAAUCCUUACAUUUCACAUUUCUAAGGAGAAAAAUAACUCUCCUUUCCAUAGAAAAACACAAACCAUCACUUAGAAUCCCCUUAAGGUCUGUUUUUUUUUGUUUAACGAGGAAGAAACAGCUGAAUAAUAUAUCAUGACAUAUGUUUGCGUGGCUUAAAAUAAUUCAAUUACUGUGGCCUGUCACGCAUUCCUAAAAAGCGGCGGUCGAUUAGAAAACAAUAGCGUUGAAUCGAUCAAUUUUAUUAUAUUAUCAUCUUUUUUUAAAUGGUAGUUAUUGAUAGUAAUUAAAAAUAAGAGUUAACUUGCAAGGUAAGUCCUCUUGUCACCACAAUAAAAUUUGUGGGCACUCUUUUUUGCUAAACAGACGUUUGUACACGGCACUAUGAUGAAAAAAAAUGCCCCACACUUUUUCUAUCUAAAUCCAUGUAUAGCUUUGCAAAAGGCAAAUUAGCUGUAAAUUUCAGUGUCAUUCAAAGAUCUUUAAAGCAUUUAUCGGUAGCAGAAUGAAACGGGAAAAAUAGUUUCUUUUUUCAGUGAAUACACGCAAAAGGGAUUAUCUCAGUUUUUAGUUUUUGUUAGGGUAUAACAUCCGUAUUCCCAAGAUGAUCUUGUUCUGGUUUCAAUCUAAUUGAAUCAUAAUGCAACAGGUGUCAGUUUCAAAUAUAAUUAUGCCAAUGAAAUCGCCGAAGAGAUCAAUUGUGAAAAAAGCUGUUCUUUUCGCGAGAUCGUCAAGACAGAGUGUGGUCCCAGUAGGGGUGUGGAGGGAAAUGUGUUGGUCGCAGAGUGCAUGAAUGAUAUUACGUCGCACUUAGCCAGCUGUCACUUGUCUAAGUGUAGCAAAGUCAAUGACUGAAUGAACUCAUUUUAGCGAGAGUAGAGGUUUGGUAGGUAUUCGGAACUGAAAUGACAAUAUGCCCAAGGCACAGACACUAAAUAGCCUGUGUACAAACCCCCCACCUCCCCUUGGGAAAAAUAGGAGAAGGGGCCCUUUCUCCGAGGGGGUGCAUGGGGGUGGUGUGUACACACGCUAACGCUAAAAUGACAAUCUGCCCAAGGCACAGACACCUACUUGGCAGGUUUUUGCGAGCGCCAAGGUCUACUGUGCUGGAAAAUGAACCCCCAAGGGAUUGGGAGACGGCGGAAAUCGAGCCUAAGGUCUUGUCAAUACCCCGGUCACACUCUGGAUCAUACUGACAAAAUAACUACUGUGGCAGGAAAUAAGUCAAAGUUUUGCUCCAUCAUGUAAGUAUCAUUCUUUUUUCUUCUUCAUGCAAAAAAUUUCUAAACGUACAGAGAUAUUCUUAUUUCUCCAUUUAACAUUUUAUCUUGCGAUGUUUUCUGAUGUUCGUUUCCAGUUUAGUUGAGCUUGCAAAGAUAGUUUAUUUAUUUCUAUUUUUUGACAGCCGUGUAUCUUGCUCUAAUCAAUUCUUACCUAUAAAAUACUAUACAUAAAGGUUAAUCCGUGUGUUGUAAAAGAUAGUUUUCUCAUGAUUGUUUGAAGAGCAUUAUAAAUGGGGAAAAAAGAAAGAACUUUCUACACGGAGUCAGGAUUCAACCUCGUCCCUAGGGCUUUCCCGCCCCUCCCAUUUUCUAAGAGGAAUGUCCUUGGGACGCGUGUGAAAAGUAUUUCAUUCUUGCAAUAAAAACAAUUUUCUUUAACUUAAACAGUGUUUAAAACAUGUCUCUGGUUUUGUAAAAAUUAGUGAGACUUAAAAGUACCAGAAUGUUCAGUUCAACUUUUUAUAGCCGAUUUCCUCCUCCUGUGGCAAGAAACGUAAAAAAACUUGACGCCAAAGGGUCGAGAAGAGUACGAUUGAACAGUCAGCAACCAUGUCCACACGUUUGCCGGAGAGGUUUAUUGGACAAGGUUUCUCUGUUUUUCUUGUUUUGAAAACAUUUUCAUUAAGUCUUCAAAAAUGCCUCCAGAUUGCUGUUUUUUUGUAUUUAUACCCUCUUGAACAAUGUGCUCCAUCAAAGUGCUCCUCCUAUCUCUCUAUUUUUAACCUACUUUACCAUCCACCCUCUCUCCCUCCGAUUCCACCUCUACUUUUACAAGCAUUUAUACUUAAAGGGGUGAAAUUUCUCCUCUGUAUAUUAAUUUCUGAAAACUUAAGUCCUGCUACUUUUUCCUUAAAUUCUUAAACUUAGUUCUUUUUUCUUUAAGUACCGCCAAAGGUGCUGCUAAGGCUGCAAUAAGCGCACUCGCCCUUUUUUAUACUUCAUCUAGUGAAAGCCUACCCUUUCAUAUACCUGAAGCCGGAGCCUCCCCGUAUAGGCCAAUUCCGUGCUCACCUAUUGCCAGCCCAUGUUGGACUCUAGGCCCGUUUGAGUCAACACCUAAGUGUAAUUACAAUAAGGCAAUGGACGAAAUAACCAAUGUAAUGAACUUGAAUAUACAUUAAACUUGACGAUAGAGAUCUGCUGCAAGAAGACGAGGUGUUCGAAAGGCAAAAACUUGUUGCAGGCAUCACUGAAGAAUAAUUGAGACCACAACACCCUCAUGAUCAAUCAGAAGCUUUCAGCCUAUCUGUAUGUCAAAGAAAGAUCAACCUAGUCAGUUCAAAGUGGUCAGAGAGCCGUAGGGCAGCUGCCUCCCCUGGACCUGUUGAGCCAGACAAAUCAAGUCUGUGGAUGGAUUUGUUUUCUUUAGACUCAGUUAUUUUGAUUAUAGUGAUUUGCUAUUGUUUGCCAUUUUCAUCUUCGAGGUCAUGGGCUCCUGUCGAGGUCUAUUUUUCGGAGACAUAUUUCAUGACAAGUGCUGAAAAUAGCAUUUCGGAGCCUCCAAAUUUGAAAAUUUUUCUGGGGGAGGACACCCCCAGACCCCCUACAAGGCUCGUGCCUUCGGCUCUCGCGAUAAUGCCCCUCGUUACAAAAAACCUAACUACAGCCCUGGGGAAUGCUAAAAAAAAUAAGUUGUGUCACUCUGAAAUACCAUUCAAAUCCAGGGAAAGAAAAGGGAGACCUAAUUUACAAACUUUCGUCUUUCAUUCACUGAGUGCACGUGCUUUUCUCCAUCAGCUCAGUAGUAAACAUAGACAACAUAGGGAUCCUUAAUUUAGUGUGAUUAACAGCCGGCAAAAACUUUUGGGAUUUAACAGGAGACAGACCGUUAACAAAAAACUAUGCCUUUUUUUGUUUUCCAAGUGACUAUUUUUAGGCUAAUUGUCGUGUAUUACACCAUGGGCCGUCAUAUACCCUAUCCUAGUGGCGCCCGGUGAUCAGACUGGGUGGUACUGACUCAGUUAAAACGGUCGUAGAAUGAAUAAAUUCAACAGCACGGUAUUUCCCACCCAGUAAAGAAUCGGAAUUAACAGUGAUUAAAUUGUAUGAUUAUCAAUAACUAUCACCUCAUAAAAGAUAUAAUAAGAUAAAAGAACUGAUCGAUACACGGUCACUCUGGGGGAAUGCGUGACGAGCCACAGUAAUUGAAUUAUUUUAAUUCGCGUAAACAUAUCUUCUUCUGCUGCUUCUUCCUCGUAAAAGAAACAGACCUAAGGGGAUUCUAAGUCAUACAUCGUUCGUGUUUUUUCGUGGAAAGAAGAGAUAUUUUUCCCUUAAAAAAAUGAAAUACAAGUAUUAUAUUUCCUGUCAAUUUGUUGAAACGACUCAUCUAAGGCUAAUUUGCAUACGGAGAAUGAAGUCAUUUUCAUCGUCGACAAGGAAAAAAACCAAGAAAAAGCUAUUACCAAGUUUUCUUCUCAUGUUUUCGAAAGUACAACAUUUAAAGGGUCUAAUGACAGUCAGUGAUAACUAGAAACGUUAAAGCUGUGGAAAUUAGUCGACCAGAUGCAGACCGUUACAAUUCCAGUUUUGCUGUCAAAAUGGCGAAUUUUGGAACAUUAACGGAACUUUGUACCGCACGCAAAGAGGAGUGCCCACAAAUUUUAUUGCAUUAAGAAGUAGACUGGUCUUAGUACUUCUGUUUUAUCAUAGACUUGAGUCUGGGUCAGGUGCCACUUUUGCGAAAUUACCGUUGAGCUCCAGUUAUGCAAAUUACUUUUCCCGAUAAGCAAAUUAAAGGUCAUUUUAAAAAACUCAUAUCUCAGCCAACUUUCCACAGAAUGCAACCAUUGAACCUUGAAACUAUUAAUCAUAGUUAAAGCUUUUGUGUGUAAAAUAAUCAGCUUAUUCGGCUUUGUGAGGCAGGUUUAACAGAGCCCUAAAGUUUCACCAAAAUCGCACCACUUCCGACGGCAAACUGGCCAGUUUUAGGUGACCGAGAAAAUCUUCUUGUAAUAUAGAGAAAAAAUUGAGUUGGUCCAAAUAAAUGUGAUAUUUCUUCAUGGGACAGGAUAGUUAUCUUCCACUGGAAAAAUCAGGGCAAUCCGUGAUAGACCAAAAUUUGCCUUAUCGGUUCUUACGCGGACAGCCUCUUAAAGCCCCGUGCAAAGGGACGCAACACUGUUGGCCGACAACUCCCAACAUUGUUGCAUGUUACAUGUUGCGUCCGUUUUCGCACCCUGUUGCAUGUUGCUGAAUGUUGUUGCGUGUUGUUUCGCAAAGUUUGAAACCGGUCAAACUUUUCAGCCAACAAUUCCCAACAUUUCUUUCGUUCCGUGAUCGCCGAAGCGUAGCGCAACAAUGUUGGAUCCGUUUGCAGAACUCUUCCAACAUUGUUGGGGCCACGCACGCUCAUUACGCAUGGUUUACAAAGACUUAUGGGUUGUAUCUUUCCCACGAUGCACUGCAGGUCCCAACAUUGUUAGCCCAACAAUGUUGGGUCCGUUUGCACACAGCCUAAGUUUCAUAUUUUCCUUCUGCCAGGCAUGCAUUCGGGUCCUGUCGCGGCGGGAUUAGUGGGUAAGAAGACACCACAGUACUGCUUAUUUGGAGACACAGUUAACAUUGCUCUACGGCUCAGGACAACAGCACUGGUAUGGUAUGAAUAAAGACCAAACAUUUUGCAAUGCAUAGACCAAAGCUCAUAGCUCCCGCGCGCCCGAAGAAACCUAGCGCAGGAAUAUUCCAAACGGAAACUUUUGAUCCAUCUCUUCAAGGCGAACUUUGAUACCAGUUUCAGCCUUUUGCGGCCGUUUUUCGCCAAUUGUAACUGAUUAGUGCAAACGGUAAACGCAAUUUCGGGACGAAAUUUACCAGUAUAGAGUUUUGCUUACCAUUUGCGCAAACUGUGAACCGACCAGUUUACAUACGUAAAUGGUAAACAAAACCACUAUAAACCCCCGGGGGGGACUCCGCGUAUGAAAGGGGUGGGGAUGCUCGUCGGAAAUUUUGAAUUAAACCCCUAAAGGAGACCGAUCUGGGUGUGGCCCAAGCUUUUUUUGACCCCUAAAAGAGACCAUGUUAAAAAACAUACAAUAUAUAUAUAUAUAUAUAUAUUUAUAUUUUUUCGCGUGCAACCCUGAACGAGACCUUCACGGCUAAAUAUGAUGGCGUUUUGCCCAGAACACCCUAAGUGAGACCAAAAUCCGAAAGUUACACCCCUAAGCGAGACGACGAGCAUCCCCACCCCUUUCAUACUCGGAGUCCCACCCCCCCCGGGCUAUAAACAUGAAAACCUAUUCCUGCACUGAUGUAAUUUGAUCUAUUAACUUUCUCUUCCAAAGACAUCUAAAAGCUCGAAAUUUUCUUUCAGCCAAUGAGAGUGCACAUAAGUGAGGCAACAAAGAAGUGUUUGGAAAAUACCGAUUUUAGAAUGGAAUACCGAAGAACGGUAGAGCUAAAGGUAUGGUGCAAACAGUAUCAUGUGCAUAUUGUUCGUGUAGCGUGCAAAAUAUUGAAUUUCUAUAAGAGCAAAUUUCCAUGUAUCAUAUUACCAUUUACCGUUGUUGAUUAUCAUUUCUUUGUCUCUUUCGUAAACAGGGAAAAGGCAAGACAAAGACUUACUGGUUGAUAGCCAGAAAAUGA